UGAACGAGAGCAAUUGCAUCGCAUCGAAUCUCAUACCACCGAAUCUCAUCCACGACAGCAAAACGAACUACCGUAUAUUCCAUUGCUUCCGGACCAUGCUCGAGCAACUGUCGCCGUACGAAAAGAUGCGCCUCGAGCGCAUCAAGCGAAACGAGGAACGGAUGAGGGAACUCGGCCUGGACAAGUAUCCCCUGCUGUUUUCGAAGAAGAAAAAACAAACCACGCCGCCGAACAAGAAGAAACAGCCCGCGAGGGUAGUGACCCCCGGCCAGGAGCGGCGGUCGCAGAGAAACCAAAAGCGAAAGAAACCCAUCGAGUCCCAGAACGACCACUUUUCCAGCGACGACGAGGUCGACGAGGACGACGAGGUCGACGUCCGCCGGCCCUACCGGAAGCGGAGGCUCCUCCUGGACCCGGUGGACUACCGGCUGUCCUCCGCCGACCGGGCCGCGCUGGAAGGGGCCGCCGACGAAAACUUUAUGGGCAAGUUCCAGGAGUUCCUCGAGUUUCACGACAAGAUCUCCCCCGCCAACGUCAAGAACGUCAUGAGGCAGGCCCGGAAACUCGCCAGCGGCGAGGGCAUCCGCUACGAGGUGCGUACCGUCCCUGGACCAACAAAAAGAAUCCCUUCCUUUGUUUUGUUUGCUCGCCUUUUUGUUUUCUUCACCACCCCUCGAUCGAUCGACCAAGCGAUGUUUUCUUUCCUGGGUUUCGCCCCUUUCCCAACCCGCUCAAUUCGAUUCUCCAAUUUGUUUUGUUUCCAUUUCGUUUUUUUCGAACACACCCGAUCUCCUAUCGCGCACAACGCAUGCCCCGCGCAAAACAGUCGCCCCGGUACGGCUGGGCCCCGGGCAGGUACUUCCAGAAAGGAACCCCGAUCACGCCCAUGAGCGACUUUGUCGGCCUCAUGGCCAAGGGACAGGAGUGCGAGGACAAGUGGGGGAGGGACCACGGAAACGGCUGGCUCAUCUCCCACCCCCUCAAGAAGCUCCUCCUCUUCCAGCAGUUUGUCCUCCAGCAUCCCGACUUUCUUGCGUCGGACCUCAGGCUGAAAGAGUACUGUGCCGAGGAGUAAGCAGCGCGGUUCGGUACGGAGCGGGGCCCGCUGUGCAGCAUGCCGGCGACGGAAGGACAAGGGUUCGGGCCUGGUUCUACCUCGUGCCCCGAUGGCAAAGAUUGGCAGCUGCUGGCAGUAUGGCGACAAAACGUGCAACUGCCCGAAGUCAGUGGUACGGCACAGCCAACAAAUUGCAAAGUACCGUGGUGAAAUCUACAACAACACCGAGAACAAUAGUGCAUACUAUGCCCCUGUUGGCGAAGGAACCGAAUAUCUCUCCUUAAUAAUCAACUACAAUCGCA